CCGUGCGCAUGGUAACAGUCCCCCCACGCCACUACUGCACAGUGACCAACCCUGUGUCCCGGGAUGCCCAGGGCUCUGUGCUGUUCGAURUCACAGGGCAAGUACGGCUUCGCCACGCUGACCAAGAGAUCCGGUUGGCCCAGGACCCCUUUCCCUUGUACCCAGGGGAAGUGCUGGAAAAGGACAUCACCCCACUGCAAGUGGUCCUGCCCAAUACUGCCCUACAUCUUAAGGCGCUGCUGGACUUUGAGGAUAAGGAUGGAUACAAGAUAGUAGCAGGAGACGAAUGGCUAUUUGAGGGACCGGGCACGUACAUCCCCCGGAAGGAGGUGGAGGUUGUGGAGAUCAUUCAGGCUACUGUCAUCAGACAGAAUCAGGCACUGAGGCUGAGGGCCCGCAAGGAGUGCUUGGACCGGGAUGGCAAGGAGAGGGUGACAGGAGAAGAAUGGCUGGUCCGCUCUGUGGGUGCAUAUCUCCCAGCAGUGUUCGAGGAGGUUCUGGAUUUGGUGGAUGCUGUAAUCCUUACGGAAAAGACAGCCCUGCACCUCCGGGCUCGGCAGAACUUCCAGGACUUGCGUGGAGUGACCCGCCGCACUGGGGAGGAGUGGCUGGUGACAGUCCAGGACACAGCAGCUCACGUGCCCGAUGUCCAUGAGGAAGUACUAGGAGUCGUGCCCAUCACCACACUGGGCCCCCAAAACUACUGUGUGGUCCUGGACCCCGUGGGACCAGAUGGCAAGAACCAGCUGGGACAAAAGCGGGUCAUCAAG